UGUUCCGAUCAGUUCUGAGUGGGAUGUCUUGGAAGGCGGUUUAAUCGGAGGUGCUUUAAAUAAUAUUUCGCGACCGAUAAAAUCGAUUACAAGCGACGGUGUUUGGGACAUGAUAGUUUUCUUGCGUGAGCCCCACAGAUACACCAAUAUAAGUGAACAAUGUUACUACAGGAGAGUGUCGCCAGUAUGGAACAGAGUAUGCCCGAGAACCUCAGCACUCACAUGCACGGCGAGUGUGAAGUGAAUUCAACUCUGACGAAUUGUCCUGAUCUAGCGGAAAGUGAUCCAACGACCCAAGAGUCCUGUGCCCCGACUGCCAUUGUCACCUCGCCACCCACCAUCACGAGCAGCACGAAAGUCAAGUUGAGUUUUAGUGUCGAUCGGCUACUGGGCUCCGAGCCCGAUGAAUCCCUCAAGAGGAACUCUUCGUCGCCUUCGACAAGGUCCUGCUGCGAUGGCGGUAUAUUUUCCUGCUGCGCGUUCCCACAUUGCUUCAGCCAAGCGAAUGCUGAAUCUCGAAAGGUCGGUCAUGUUCCGAUCCCAGCAAGUACGUCACCCGCUUCAACGCACCCUUACCCCUAUUUGGGACUGGAUAAACUAUAUCCUAGCCUGUAUAUGGAUUACAAAUCAGUGCUGAGACCGACGCCAAUUCGGGCAGCAGAACACGCGGCACCAACAUAUCCCACGCUGGCUACAAACGCUUUGCUGCGCUUCCAUCAGCAUCAGAAACAGCAGCAUCAACAUCACCAUCCCAAACAGCUCCAUCAGCAGCACAAGCCCCCGCAACAUAAUUCGACGACAGGUUCGGCGCUGCUGGCGCCUCUUCACAGCCUCACAAGCCUGCAGUUGUCGCAGCAACAGCGAUUUAUGGGCAAGGCACAGCUACUGAACAUCACGCCCACACCGCCCGCAUCAGUCAUAUUACAAAAUGGUGGUUCCCCACAAGAGGGUAACAGCAGUUCUACCAGUAACGCUUCCGCAGGCAACAAUGGAAAGCGCAAACGCUCAUGGUCGCGGGCCGUCUUCACGAAUCUCCAGCGCAAGGGUCUGGAGAUUCAGUUCCAGCAACAGAAAUACAUUACCAAGCCAGAUCGGCGAAAGCUAGCUGCUCGACUGAACCUGACCGACGCACAGGUCAAGGUGUGGUUCCAAAACCGUCGCAUGAAGUGGCGGCACACAAGGGAGAACCUAAAGAGCGGCCAAGAGAAGCAACCCACUACCAGUGCCUUUAGGGCUUCGACGGCAUCGGAAAGGAGUAUUCCCCAUGAAUCUCUUGACUACAGUUCUGAUAGUUGUUCUAGCGUGGAUUUGAGUGAGCAGGCCGACGACGAUGAUAACAUUGAAAUUAAUGUUGUUGAGUAGACGAAUAGUCUAUAAGUUCGUGUUACAAAUGUAAAAUGCCACGUAGAUUAGG